UGUGUCUGUGAAGGACGAUGGCAUCUGGUGAGGAACAGCUGAAACACAACCAAGUCCAGAAGAGCAGUGUUCACACUGGAGUCAGUGCUCAGACAGGAGGAACUGUAAAUGCUCCUGUACUCACUGGAAACAUCUUUACAGGCUCAGUGACCGUCAUCGGCAGCACUGCAGGACACGAGCCACAAAAAGUCCCAGAGACGGCAGAAAAAGACACCGAAAAACAAGCAGAUUUGAUUCUGAAAAACUUCUUGCAAACUCACAAAUCCAACCUAAAGAAGAAAGCAGAACGUAUUUUUGAGGGCAAAGAAGAAGCAGAUUUCCAGGUUGUUUACACAGAGCUCUUCAUCACAGAGGGAGAUAUGAAAGAGGUUCAUCAGGAACAUGAGAUUCUGAAGAUUGAUGAUGCUUUCAACAAGAACAAACAAACACAGGACAAACCAAUCCAAUGCAAUGAUAUAUUUACAUUAUUAAGAGACAAGGAGAAGAUUGUGCUGACCAAGGGAGUCGCUGGCAUUGGAAAAACUGUCUCUGUGCACAAGUUCAUCCUGGACUGGGCAGAAGGAGAAGCCAAUCAGGAUAUACACUGUGUGUUCCUGCUUCCAUUCAGAGAGAUUAACUUUAUGACCAAUAAAGAUUUCAGUCUCCACAAACUUCUGCUGGAAUUUUAUCCUGAACUGGAGGGCCUGGAGAAAACCAACUUAUAUGAGAAAUGCAAACUAGUGUUUAUAUUUGAUGGACUGGAUGAGAGUCGCCUGGCUUUGAAUUUUAAUACUAGAACAUCACCAAGAGCCAUUGUUGAGGAAAGAUCAUCAGUAGAUAUGCUGUUCACAGGUCUGGUCAAAGGAAAUCUGCUUCCAUCAGCUCUGGUCUGGGUGACAUCACGACCAGCAGCAGCCAAUCAGAUUCCUCCUCAGUAUGUGGGUUUGUUCACAGAGGUGCGAGGAUUCACUGACAGACAGAAGGAAGAGUACUUCAGAAAGACAAUCACAAAUAAGAGUCUGGCUGAAAGAAUCAUCUCACACAUUAAGACAUCUCGUAGUCUCUACAUCAUGUGCCACAUCCCUGUGUUCUGCUGGAUCACAGCCACAGUACUUCAGGACAUUCUCAUCAAGAACAGUACAGAGAACAUCAGCACAACACUCACUGAAAUGUACAUCCACUUCCUGCUGAUACAGAUGAACACCAAGAGCCAGAAAUAUGAUGAACAAGAAGAAAGAGAAUCUACAAAGAACUUAGGUUCAAAUAGAGAAGUGAUUAGAAAAUUAGCCAAACUAGCGUUUGAACAGCUGAAGGAGGAAAACAUUGUGUUUUAUGAGAAAGAUCUGACAGCAUGUGGUAUUAUUGUGAGUAAAGACACUGAGUUCACAGGAAUGAUCGCUGAGAUCUUUAGGAAGGAAAAUGUACUUCAUUACAAGAAAGUCUUCUCCUUUGUGCAUCUGAGUGUUCAAGAGUUCCUCGCUGCAGUGCAUGUGUUCAUCUGUUACCUGGAGAAGAACAUGCAGGAGCUCCAGUUUUUCUUUGAUAAGCCCAAGAAAAAUAUCACAUUGCAGAAGCUUCGGUUUUUCUUUGAUAAGCCCAAGGAAAAUGUCACAUUGCAAGAGCUAAUGCAGAAGGCUGUUGAUAAAGCCAUGAAGAGUCGGAGAGGACAUCUGGACUUGUUCCUGCGGUUUCUGAUGGGUAUUACACUGGAAUCCAGUCAAAACCUGCUCCAAGGUCUGAUCACACACACUGAAGACCCCACAGAGAGCAUCACACAAACAACUCAAUACAUUAAACAAGUGCAAAACAAAAAUAUCUCAGAUGAAGCUUCAGUCAACCUGUUCUACUGCUUACUUGAGCUCAAAGAUCAUUCAUUGUAUGAUGAAAUCCAGAAAUACCUCAGUUCAGAUGCACAUCCAGGAAGAGACCUCUCAUCUUCAAUGUGUUCAGUGCUGACCUAUAUACUGCUGAUGUCAGAGAAGGAGCUGGAUGAGUUCAACCCAAGGAGGUUCACAUCAUCACAAGAAAACUACAAGAGACUCAUUCCAGCUAUGAGAUGCUGCAGAAAAGCCCUGUGA